GACAUCAGUCUUUCCCAGACAUCCAGACCCAGCUGUCCGAAGCUGCCUGCUGCUGCUCCCACUCCCCCGUCUCCUCAGUUUGGGCUGAUUCUCACUUCUUUCCUUCCCCCCCUCCUCUGACAAUGUGUGGAGUCUUUCAUCACCUCUUUAUCUGACAUGGUGGCAGAUCUCCACAGAUGUUUCAGGGCGACCGUGAGUCCGAAUCUCCAGUCUUUUGUUUUCAUGCCCAUGUUUUUACCUGUCGAUCUUGAUCCGCAGAGGCAGACGGCCUGUUCCUCUUCCCCAGACAUGGAGCCUCUUCCUGAGGUUCCGUUAUUUCAGAUAUACGAGGAUGAAGAGGAAGAUGUUUCAUCACUGAAGAGCAGAGGGGGCUGCACGUAUACUGGGGAGCCCCCUGCAGACACAGACCCUGACCCAUUCAUAUACAUGAACUUCAUGAAGAGUCACUGCUGCUACGACGCCAUCCCUACCAGCUCCAAACUGGUCAUAUUUGACACAACGCUGCAGGUGAAGAAGGCUUUCUUUGCUCUGGUGGCUAAUGGUGUGAGGGCAGCGCCUCUGUGGGACAACAAGCUUCAGUGUUUUGUGGGAAUGCUGACCAUCACCGACUUCAUCAACAUUCUUCAUCGAUACUACAAGUCUCCUCUGGUUCAGAUCUAUGAGCUGGAGGAACACAAGAUAGAGACAUGGAGAGAGACCUAUCUGAAGUACUCCACUAACAGACUGAUCAGCAUUACUCCUGAAUCAAGUCUGUUCGAUGCCAUCUACUCUCUGUUGAAGAAUAGGAUCCACCGCCUGCCGGUCAUCGACCCGGCAUCAGGAAAUGUCCUUCACAUCCUCACUCACAAACGCAUACUCAAGUUCCUCCACAUCUUUGGAUCCAUGAUUCCCAAACCCAGGUUUCUCCAGAAGCGGAUCAGUGAAGUGUCGAUUGGAACUUUCAAAGAAAUUGCGACGGUGCAGGAAUUGGCCUCCGUGUACGAUGCCCUGACGAUUUUCGUAGAGAGACGAGUGUCGGCUCUGCCUGUUGUCAAUGAGAUAGGUAAAGUGGUGGCGCUGUACUCCAGGUUUGACGUCAUUAAUCUCGCAGCCCAGAAAAACUACAACAACCUGAACAUGACGAUGCGGGAGGCUAUCGCCUCUAGAGCCUGCUGCAUGGAGGGAGUCCUCAAGUGUUACCCUUAUGAAACACUGGAGACCAUCAUCGACCGCAUUGCAAAGGCCGAGGUGCAUCGUUUGGUGUUGGUCGACAGUGACGAUGUAGUGAGAGGGAUUGUUUCUUUGUCGGACCUCCUACAAUCUCUAGUCCUCACUCCUGCAGUCUCCAACACUUUCACCCAAACUUCAAUCGCUCCAGCAGCAUCUUCAUACUGCAGUGCCUUUUCUGAAACCAACAGGCCACCAGCACCAUUUAUCCAACACAGCUCAGAUAUUUACAGAGUUCGUCCCUUUGACCCUGAAGAAAACCAGGUAGAGACGAUUUGUGUAAAACCAGAGAACAAGGAUGCACAGCAGGAUGGUGACAGAGAAGUCACUGCUUUCAGUUUGAGUCUAGAGGAAGAACAUUGGAAGGAAAAGUGAAAGCAGAAACACUUACCCUCUCCUCAAUGAGCUCAGUAAUGUGCCCUUUAAGGCAACAGUUUAUUCCCUGGUGGAAUAUAAAUGGAGCUGGGUUUGUCUGCAUAACUAAACAAACUUAGAGACUGAACUGGACUAAAAAGUAUAAUUUAAAGUCACAUUGGAAGCUGCGUUACUCUGAGAUUGAUUUGCUGAUAUGAUAAAAAAGUAGAUGAUUGUAAUGAAUUUUUUCUUAACUUUGUGGUUUUAGAAUAUUUGAAACUUCAUAUAUAAAAACUUGAAAUCAUGGAAUUUCUGAUGAGAUUUUUGUAAAUGCACUAUUGCUCCGAUCACUGUGAAAACAAUAAAUGUUUUGCUUUGUCUUCCGUCAUUUUAUUUGUGGGCAAAAUAUAUGUUACUGCAAUAACACAAAAUGUUGUUUUUGUUUAAGGCGAUUUAGUUUUGAUAGGGGUAAAGACAAACUUUAGAAGUGAUGCAGUAAUGUCAGUCAGAUGAAGGAUAAUAAAGCAAUAACUUAUAGCAUUUUUUUUCAUAUUGAAAAAAGAGUAGAAAUUAACAUCUGACACCC